CGUUUAUGAUAAUUGGCUCUCUAAGUAAGUAGUAUGCAACAAACCAAACUAACAUAACAUAGGAAAGAAAGAAAGAAAGAAAGAAAGGUGAGAUUGUGCCUUUCAACGUUCAAACUUGUUUUGGCAGCCCAUCCUUCAUUGCUAUUAUUAAUUCUUUCCCAGUUUUAUUUAUUUUCUAUAAAUUUCGUCGAAACUUCACUCUUUCUCCUUGCUUCCAACUACCCCUCUUCCCUCUUCCACUGGGUCCUUUGCUUUCCUAUCCAAUUCAAUCCAUCUCUUCGCUCCAUAUUUGAUUAUUUCAAAUUCAAGGACUUGGAAGAUUUUGGGUUCAAGAGCAGAGGGAUGGCUAGUGGGAUUGGUGGAUCACCAAGCAGGCCAUCCCAAGACCCUUCUUCCUCUGCUAAUAACAAUGGUGAUGCAGGUAGCUUUGAAUGCAACAUUUGCUUUGAGUUAGCUCAAGAUCCGAUUGUGACCUUAUGCGGCCAUCUUUUUUGCUGGCCUUGCCUUUACAAAUGGCUUCACCUUCACUCACGCUCGAAGGAUUGCCCAGUUUGCAAGGCCCUUAUUGAGGAGGAGAAGUUGGUUCCAUUAUAUGGUAGGGGAAAGUCAUCAACUGAUCCAAGAUCAAAGUCAAUUCCUGAUGAUAACAUUCCACACCGUCCCACGGGGCAGAGGCCAGAAACUGCUCCUCCCCCAGACCCAAAUGAGUUUCGUGAUCAUUACGGAAUCAUGGCAGGCAUGGGAGGCAUGGCAGGCUUUGGAGGUUUUGCUCCAUUGGCAAGUGCUAGAAUAGGGAAUUUCACAUUGUCUGCAGCUUUUGGUGGUCUAAUCCCAUCUUUAUUUAAUAUUCAGAUGCAUGGUUUUCCUGAUGCUGGAAUGCACGGUGGCACAGCCGGUUUUCCUCAUGGGUUUUCUAAUUUAUUUCACGGUGGCAAUGUGCAUAGGUACCAUAGGCACCCAACUCAAGGACAACAGGAUUAUUUUCUGAAAAGGCUGCUUGUGUUUGUUUUAAUAUGCGUCGUUCUUGCUCUUUUGUGGCAGUAGAUUAAGAACGCUGUCACGGCUGAAAUUGCUAACGGUGGUUACCUAGGGUAAGCAUAUCUUUAAAUCUGUUAGCACAUCUUGUCCUUGAUUUUCUUUUUCUACUAGUAUUCUAUUCCAGGAGAUGAUCACAUAGUGAUUUAGAGAAGCUUUUUAUUUUCUGUUGUUGUUUAUGUUUUUCAUCAGUAUGUGAAAUAUGGCUUUCGUGUGUUCGUUGUUUGUAGUAGAUGUAAACUAAUGUAUAUGUAUACACAAUGUUGUUGAUGGGCGAAAUUUUGUGUGUUCUCUUCACUAGGAUAGAUAAGUGCUGUUGUGGUAGUCAUGUAACUCUUAUGCCAUUUUGCUGUUUUGUUUUUUCUUCUUCUUAGGUUGUGGUGAAUUUCACAAACUAGCUUGUUGAUUUAUGAAACGGAUUCUACUAUUUCUGAA